CUCGAGAAUAGAAAGAAUUUCAACGAAUUCUUCUUUUAAUUUGAAUUGCGUAAUUUUUUUCUUUCUUUUCAAUAUUCGAGUUCGACUCAAGAUUUGUGAUGGAUACUUCGUUUCUAAGAGCCUUUUCAAAUAAUGGAAAAAGAUAUCUUUACUUGGGUAUUAUUGGAUUCGGCUUUUUUUCUGUAAUGAUGCCCAUUGCGUGUUACUUCUUAAUAAAUGAUAAUUUUAAAGCAUAUUCACAGAAGCUCUACUUAAAUUCCCCUUCUGAAUUAGGCAUUUACGAACACGCAGCCAUUAGUACAGACACGGGACUAUGCACACAAAUAGGAAAAGAUAUACUGAUGAAGAAUGGAACUGCUAUAGAAACGGCCAUUGCUACCUUGGUAUGUAUGGGAGUUGUCAAUAGUCACAGUAUGGGAUUAGGCGGUGGAUUCUUUAUGACUGUUUAUAAUAGUAAAAAAAAGGUUGUAACAGUACUAGAUGCCAGAGAAACAGCUCCUAAACAAGCUACGAAAUUUAUGUUUAUAAAUAACUCAACAGACGCUCAGAUUGGAGGACUUGCAAUCGCAGUUCCAGGAGAAUUGGACGGUUAUGAACGGGCAUAUUUCUACUCCGAUAAGUACAUACGUUGGAAAGAUUUAUUCCAACCAUCGAUUCGUUUAUGUACAGAAGGUUUUCCUGUUAGCAAACACAUGGCUAAAGCUCUAAAAUUAAAUCGUGAUAUAAUAUUUCAAGAAGAAAGUAUGAAAAUUUUCAUAAAUAAUGAUACCGGAGAUAUAUUCAAAGAAGGAGAAAUUAUGACCAGAUUAGAUUUGGCUAGAACAUUAGAAAAGAUAGCACUUUAUGGAGCUGCAGAAUUAUACAAUGAAGGAGAAACUAGAGAGAAUUUUGUUACGGAUAUUCAAAAUUUUGGAGGGAUUAUUACAGAAGAAGAUUUAGUAAAUUAUCGAGCCUUUUGGAAAAACCCGACGAAGAUUACAUUAAAGAAUAAUUUUACGGUGUACAGUGUUGCAGUACCUGGAAGUGGAUCCUUGUUGUCCUUUAUGUUAAACGUGUUAGAUGGGUUCGAUUUGAACAGUUACACCAACUGGAAUACUUUAGACGGAGUUACUUUAACCUUACAUAGGUUGAUAGAAACAUUUAAAUUUACAUACAGCUACGGAAAAAACCUAGGUGACAAGGACGUAGAAUACCAAACGUCAGAGACUGAAACGAUGUUACUGGAUAAGAAAUUCGCAGAAACAAUUAGAGCAAAAAUUCAAGAUGACAGAGCAAUGCAAGAUACAAACUACUACGGUGGCAACUCUGAGAGUAACUACGGCUCGGUAAAUGUGGAUGUUGCAGCUGGGCACGUGUCAGUUGUAGCACCAAACGGGGAUGCUGUUUCGGUAACCAGUAGCAUUAAUCAUUAUUUUGGUUGUAAGCGUGUAUCUCCUUCAACUGGUAUCGUGUUGAACAAUCAUAUGGAUGCAUUUUCUUCACCGAGUGUCAGUGACUCUUUCGUAUUUUCGCCCAAUAAGAGGAAUCAAAUUAUGCCAGGUAAAAAGCCGAUGUCCUAUAUGAGUCCAACUAUCAUCCUAGAUGACAAACGAAAGGUGUGGUUAGUCAUUGGAGGAGGUGGUGGACCUCGAAUCAAUACUGGUAUAGCAUUAGUAACAAUGCAAUUGCUUUGGUUGAAUAAGAAUGUCAAAGAAGCAAUCGAUAUGCCUCGAGUUCAUCAUCAGUUGUUCCCUGAUUAUAUUUCGUACGAAAAUAAUUUCCCCGAAGCUAUUUUAAGAAAAUUGGAAGAAAUGGGACAAAAAACCAAAGAGAAAGAAGAUAUUAUGUCAGUUAUAAUGGCAAUUCAUCGAAGCAAAAGUGGAAUGUGGCAUUCUAACGCCGAUUUUAGACAAAACGGAAAAAGUGAUGGCUUCUGAAAGACGUAUAUAUUGAUAAAAAUUUAUUGAAAACGGUUUAUUUCGUUUUAAUUGAGCAACUUUUAUAUUUAAGCGAUUUUAUUACUGAAAAUUUAUUAAAAUUUAAUCCUAAAUACU